AUGGAUAAAGAAGUGUGUGGAAUACUCCUUUCUGUAAGGAACUCGUUUUCCGAUAGAUUAGACAGUAGUAGAAACUAUCAAUUUACUAUGAAUGAAGAACAUUUUAAAAGGUAUUGUAAUAGUAACGAAUGUGAUAAUAAUCUCAACAAAAUUAAUGCUGGAUGUUUAUAUUUGCUUGAUGCAUUCUUUGAGAAUUCUUCUGUGUUUAAUUCUGUUGCAAAAAGUAACGUCAAUAUUGUUGAAUACAUUAUGAUAUGGUUAAGUAAAAUGUUAAGCCGAAUCGAAAAUACAGAAAACCAGAGUCUACAAUUUUUUUAUGAUAUAUAUACAAAUGGUGAUAAUAAUUAUAAAAAGCCUAUAGCGAAUGUUAUAGGGUGUAGUAAUUAUAAGGAACUUAUAGAUAAAACAAAUAUGAUGAAUAUGAAAAUUAAAGAUAUAUCUAAAUUAUAUGAUGCAUUUACUACAUUAUGUACAAUGCAUUAUGAAUUUGAUAAACAGGAGCCAAAAUGCACGAAAUAUUUGAAUUCUGCCAAAAAUUUUGUUGAACAAUAUAAAAAACUUAAGGGAGAUUCUAGUAUUACUGAAAAGAGUUCAUAUGAUAAACUAUUAUAUACACUAUCAAAGGAUUAUGAUAAUUUUAAAAAUAAAUGUACUGUUAAUUGUCCCAAUUCAUCCUUCCCAACGAUAGAAAAAGCAGAAACUUCUGUAGGAAGUAUUGGACAAAUUUCUGAAGUUGCAUCAUCAAGUUCGUCGAUAACAAACAAAUUAUUUAUAGUUUUAUCAAUAUUUGGUGCAAUAGGAUUCUUUAUUGGAAUUUCUUACAAGUAUUCGUUAUUUGGAUUUCGGAAACGAUUUCAAAAACAAAAAUUAAGAGAAAAACUAAAAAAUAUAAAGAAGAGAAUGAAUCAUUAA